AUCGGGUGGCACCGGGACGCAUCGUCGUCAUGACAGUGGCAGUGUCUGGCACUGUAGGACUUCGUGACGUCGCCCGACGCCUCGACCAACUUGGAUCACUGUUCGCACUCCACCUCACGCCCAUGGCUCACUGGACAUGGGUCUUUGUCAAGGGCGGACGUACCAUUUCCGAGACGGCCAUUGUCCAAGGCUACUACGCCCCACAUCACGCCCACUUUAUCCUUCCACUCUCAUACCUAACAACGCCGCCCACCUCUUUCAGCAAGAAUCAACAGCUGCAACAGCAGCGUUGGCAGUACUGUGAAGCUCACGGUGCCAUGGGCGGCCUCUGUGACGAGGACACCCCCGACCCACUACCUGUGCCCCCUCCUCCGCCUGUGGCCCAGCAGUGGGCUCUGGAUGGGGUGCCCGUGGUGGUGACGGCAGGCAACAGACACCAGUACCUCUACCACACCCUCACCACCCUCCUCACCACACCUGGGGCACAACACAACAACAUACUCGUCGCCCUCGGUGACGCGCCACAACCCACAACACAACUCCUCCGUCUACUCAACAUCACCUUCACUAAACUUGUCGUACACGGUAAAGACAACAACAAGCUCUUCCGUUACUACCGCAGCGUCUUCCAGUACGUCGCCCGCACCUUCCCCGACGCUCCGGCAGUCAUCAUCCUCGACGAAGACGUACAAGUCUCUCCAGAUUUCUUCUCCUACAUGAGCCAGACGCUCUGGCUCCUCUACCAUGACCCGACACUCUACUGCGUCAACGGCUACUCAGCUACAGGUUUUCAAGGAAUAUCACACGAUCCGAAAACAUUAUUGCGAGCUAACGUCCAAGUAGAGUGGGGCUUCGCGGUGACACUAGGUUUCGUCAAAGAAGUUAUCAGUAGAUGGCCGAGUGACCCCUCAGAGACAGACACACUGUUCUACGAUGAGUGGCUGUACAAACACGGCAGUAAGGGGCGGGAGUGUGUCUUCCCUGAAAUUAGCAGAACAAUACAUUAUGGUAUUGGCGUCAACUCUGAAGCUUGGAGUACAGAGAUGUAUUUCUUGUUUAAACCCAUGGUCCGAGAGGCUCAUGUUUACCUGGACAACGUGAACAGAAUGCUGCAGCGGCCGUGGGAGGAACACUUCUCCCGCAGCAUUAAAGAAGCCACACCGCUCACGGGCAACCCCUGCAGCGAUACCUUCGUGCCAUCUAUCAACACUGCCACCAACUUCGUGUUUUACUACCGCGUCAACAAGAAGCCAGACGGACAACUUGAUUACAGAAACUUUUUGUACGCCGCUACAUGUCUCAACGCGUGGGGUGUGUCCGAGCAAGGCUUACACCAGAAGGUGUUGACAGUCAGGGUGUCCAUGCUAGCCACACUCUACCUCGUGGGUGCUCCAUAUUCUCCCUACGCUCACUUCCGCCCACGACACAUCCGCCCAUGGGUUUACGAUUUAGUUUCCGACGAAGACGAUAAAAUCAUUAUGAAGAGAAUAGCAGAGAUCCAAAUAGGGAAAUAUAAAAUACUUAAUUGGAACGUUACAAGUGACUCCUUGAUGGACUUAUUAUCUGUGACAAACUAA